AUGGCUUCGACCAGCAGCUUACUGGUGGCAAUCCAGACUUGUCACAUCGACAAACUCCCAAAUGAGAUACUACACCAGAUCUUUCAGAGAGUUCCACGAAGAAUCCUGAAGCGCGUCCGACUGUGCUGCAGACGCUGGGCCAGCGUCAGCAUAGAGCACGUCUUUGAGCAGAUCUACUUUGCAUCCCGUUCUGAACCUAUCAGAAAUUUCGAACACAUCGUCCGGGAUCCCCAUCUUGCUGAAUCUGUGAAACACCUGGUCUUCGACGACACUCAGCUACCGAAGAGGCUGCUCCAGCAAGAGCCACACUCCUCAGCACUGGCAGAACAUCGCAUGUGGUCUCGUUCUGAACAAGUCGCCGCACACGAUGCUUUUCGCCAACGCUACCGCGAUCAGGAGCAAAUAAGGGCCACCUCAAAGGAUCUCAAUGUACUCUUACGAGGACUACCCCAACUUUUGAGACUCAAAAAAGUAUCUGUCAUUGGAGGUCCCUCGCACCUUUACUGGCCUCCAAUUCCGGCGGGUCCUCACGCCCGAGACCUGGCUGAAACUGAGGUGGCUGCAUCAUACUGGUCUUAUCAUAAGGAGAAAAAGGCGUACUACGAACCGUGGGGCAGUCACCGCGUCCAGCAUCUUUUCCAGGCCCUUUUUUCCGCAGAAGUAUGCCUCACUGAAUUGCACAUCGGAAAUUGGCAGGGCCAUCCUAGACCACUGAAGAUGGGCUUGCCGUUGUCUUCGCUUGUGGCACCCAAUGCCAUAGACCAAGCGAGGUUCACGACGAAUGCUCAGAGCGUGUUCAGCCAUCUCACAGAACUCAAUCUGCAGAUUGAUCUGAACCCCAGAGUCAAGGGUCGCGAUUAUAGUGGAAAAUAUCUUGAACCUCUUUUCCAGAUACUGUCAUCAAUGACCCGACUCAAACGCCUUACUUUCGGAGUGACUCAACGGAGAAUCGCCUUCGAUAUGCAUGACACUCAACGGCUGUUGAGCUAUACCUGGCCCGCUCUUGUAGCAAUGAAGCUUCGAUGCGUGCGCGUCGAUCCUGAUACACUGCUCAACUUCUUCGCCAGACAUAAGGAUACACUGACCACCCUUUUCCUCCAUCACGUUGGCUUCGAGCCGAAUACGUCGCAUACUUGGCUGGAUAUUGCGCAGCGAGCUGGGCAGCUGCUUCACUUGGACUAUGCGGCGCUUGACGUGUACGAAUGGGGUGAAGACUCUGAUGUCAGCGGUUGGCAAAUCAACAGUACUGAAACGGACCUGGCUAUUAUUUUAGGUGGAGGGUACGAAGCUACGCGGACAAGCUGCGACCCAAGUAACGGGGAGAGGGCCAGUGGAGGGAUAGAACCAACCAUUUCAGUGACAGCUAUGGAAACGCCCCAAGGUUUUGGCUGCGAAAACAAUGUAUGUGAUCGAUGUGGGGGAUGGUUAAGGAAUGACGCUCAGGUGAGUAGUCGUAAUUGA